AUGGAUUUGCCCGGACCAAUACAUGAUUUUCUUUUAGUCUUUCUGGGAUCGGUUCUUAUACUAGGAGGUAUGGGAGUGGUAUUAUUUACCAACCCCAUUUAUUCUGCCUUUUCAUUGGGACUGGUUCUUGUUUGUAUAUCCUUAUUCUAUAUUCUAUUAAACUCCUAUUUUGUAGCUGCUGCACAACUCCUUAUUUACGUGGGAGCUAUAAAUGUUUUAAUCGUAUUUGCUGUGAUGUUUAUGAAUGGUUCAGAAUAUUACAAAGAUUUGAAUCUUUGGACCGUUGGGGAUGGGGUUACUUUGCCAGUUUGUACAAGUAUUUUUGUUUUACUCAUGAUUACUAUUACAGAUACGUCAUGGUACGGGAUUAUUUGGACUACAAGAUCAAACCAGAUUAUAGAACAAGAUUUGAUAAGUAAUAGUCAACAAAUUGGAAUUCAUUUAUCAACGGAUUUUUUUCUUCCGUUUGAAUUCGUUUCAAUAAUUCUUUUAGCCGCUUUGAUAGGUGCAAUUGCCGUGGCGCGACAGUAA